AUAGCUGCCGCUUGGGUCUCUCGGCCGCUGCUGGAGACGGAGCCCGACUCCGAAGUUGUGCAACUGUGGACUGGGAGAGACAUUUGAACCUUGCUCUCUCUUUGCUCCGUUUUUACCCCCUCGGUGUGUUUGAAGCGAGACAACGUACAGGAAGACAAAUCUUUGGUUCUUUUUCUCCCCCUUCCCCUUUCUCCGUGGCUGUGUAGCAGAAGCAAGGGGGAAGGAGAGACUUUUUGUUGUUGUUUCUUUGGCUGGGGUCUCCACCCUCCUGCUGCUUUCUCUGCGCUGUGGUUAUUCCUUGCGGCGUGUGGUGGGGGUGUCUUCUCCGGGGCCGGCCGGUCUUUUGCCCCGGGCUCCAUGGCUGGAUUGUGGAAACUGCACUCGGCUGCAGGUUGUUGAGCAACUGAUGGGACGAUCUCAGGGACCGGCGGUUACGAAAGGAAUGUUUAAAUGUUCAGUAAAUUGGAGGAAAAGAACAUGGACUUUUAGCUACUGAAGAGAAAAUUAAGAAUUCAAAUUUGGGAUACUGGUGUUUCUGUUUUUGAGGAUUUUUUUUUUGAGGGAAAGUUUUUUUUUUUUUUUUUUUUUUUUAAUCAUCGGUCUUGGAAUACAGAAGAGGAACCAGAAAUACAGUCAUUUUGUUUCACGCUGGGAACACUCAGUUUUGAGGCACUCACGCCCGAGUUCACAGCCAUGUGGCCAUCACAGCUACUAGUCUUUAUGAUGCUCAUAGCACCGAUCAUUCAAGGUGGCAAGCACAGUGAGCGACAUCCAGCCCUCGCUGCCCCACUGCGACAUGCUGAGCGCAGCCCAGGAGGCGCUCUGCCACCCAGACAUCUCCUUCAGCAGCCAGCAGCCGAGCGUGCCACUGCUCAUCGUGGACAAGGGCCCCGUGGAGCUACCAGAGGAGUUCGUGGUCCAGGUGCCCAAGGAGCCCAGAGUGCAGCCCAAGCUUUCAGCCGUGCCCCAAUUCCGAUGGCUGUGGUCCGCAGAGAGCUCUCCUGUGAGAGCUACCCCAUUGAGCUCCGCUGUCCAGGAACAGAUGUCAUCAUGAUAGAAAGUGCCAACUAUGGGAGGACUGAUGACAAAAUUUGUGACUCUGACCCUGCUCAGAUGGAGAAUAUACGAUGCUAUCUGCCGGAUGCCUAUAAGAUUAUGUCCCAAAGGUGCAAUAACAGAACACAGUGCGCAGUGGUGGCAGGUCCUGAUGUUUUUCCAGACCCGUGUCCAGGAACCUAUAAAUACCUUGAAGUGCAGUAUGAAUGUGUCCCUUACAUUUUUCUUUGCCCUGGACUACUAAAAGGAGUAUACCAGAGUGAACAUUUGUUUGAAUCUGACCACCAGUCUGGGGCAUGGUGCAAAGACCCUCUGCAGGCUUCUGACAAGAUUUAUUAUAUGCCCUGGACUCCCUACAGAACUGAUACCCUGACUGAGUACUCAUCCAAGGAUGACUUCAUUGCUGGAAGGCCAACUACAACCUACAAGCUCCCUCACAGGGUGGAUGGCACAGGAUUUGUAGUGUAUGAUGGAGCUUUGUUUUUCAACAAAGAACGCACCAGGAACAUAGUAAAGUUUGAUUUGCGGACUAGGAUAAAGAGUGGAGAGGCUAUCAUAGCAAAUGCCAAUUACCAUGAUACCUCUCCUUACCGAUGGGGAGGCAAAUCUGACAUAGACCUGGCAGUGGAUGAAAAUGGGCUCUGGGUGAUCUAUGCAACAGAACAAAACAAUGGUAAAAUUGUCAUUAGUCAAUUGAACCCUUAUACUCUACGGAUUGAAGGGACAUGGGAUACUGCAUAUGAUAAAAGAUCAGCUUCCAACGCGUUUAUGAUUUGCGGGAUUCUGUAUGUGGUCAAAUCUGUAUAUGAGGAUGAUGACAAUGAGGCCACAGGGAAUAAGAUUGACUACAUUUAUAACACUGACCAAAGUAAGGAUAGUUUGGUGGAUGUACCAUUUCCCAAUUCAUACCAGUACAUAGCAGCUGUGGAUUACAACCCCAGGGACAACCUUCUUUAUGUUUGGAACAACUAUCACGUCGUGAAAUACUCUUUGGAUUUUGGACCUCUGGAUAGUCGAUCAGGGCAGGCACAUCAUGGGCAGGUGUCAUACAUCUCUCCUCCAAUUCACCUGGACUCUGAGCUAGAAAGACCCCCUGUGAGAGAAAUCUCUACCACAGGACCUCUUGGCAUGGGAAGUACCACCACCAGUACCACCCUGCGGACCACAACUUGGAGCCCAGGCAGGAGUACUACCCCAUCAGUGUCAGGAAGAAGAAACCGGAGUACCAGCACCCCAUCUCCAGCUGUGGAGGUGCUUGACGACAUUACCACACAUCUGCCAUCAGCAGCGUCCCAAAUCCCAGCCCUGGAAGAGAGCUGUGAAGCCGUGGAAGCCCGGGAAAUCAUGUGGUUUAAGACCCGUCAAGGACAGAUGGCAAAGCAGCCGUGCCCUGCAGGAACUAUAGGAGUGUCAACAUAUCUAUGCCUGGCUCCUGAUGGAAUCUGGGAUCCCCAAGGACCGGAUCUUAGCAACUGUUCUUCUCCUUGGGUUAACCAAAUAACACAAAAGUUGAAAUCUGGAGAGACAGCUGCCAACAUAGCUAGAGAGCUGGCUGAACAAACAAGAAAUCAUUUGAAUGCUGGAGACAUCACCUACUCAGUCCGUGCCAUGGACCAGCUGGUAGGGCUCCUAGAUGUACAACUCCGGAACUUGACCCCAGGUGGAAAAGAUAGUGCUGCACGGAGUUUGAACAAGCUUCAGAAAAGAGAGCGCUCUUGCAGAGCCUAUGUCCAGGCAAUGGUCGAGACAGUUAACAACCUCCUCCAGCCACAAGCCUCAAAUGCAUGGAGAGACCUGACUACAAGUGAUCAACUACGUGCAGCCACCAUGUUGCUUGACACUGUGGAGGAAAGCGCUUUUGUGCUGGCUGAUAACCUUUUGAAGACUGACAUUGUCAGGGAGAACACAGACAAUAUUCAAUUGGAAGUUGCAAGGCUGAGCACAGAAGGAAACUUAGAAGACCUAAAAUUUCCAGAAAACAUGGGUCAUGGAAGCACUAUCCAGCUUUCCGCAAAUACUCUAAAACAAAAUGGUCGAAACGGAGAAAUUAGAGUGGCCUUUGUCCUGUAUAACAACUUGGGUCCUUAUUUGUCCACGGAGAAUGCCAGCAUGAAGUUGGGAACAGAGGCUAUGUCCACCAAUCAUUCUGUUAUUGUCAAUUCCCCUGUUAUUACAGCAGCAAUAAACAAAGAGUUCAGCAAUAAAGUUUAUUUAGCUGAUCCUGUGGUGUUCACUGUUAAACAUAUUAAGCAGUCCGAGGAGAAUUUCAACCCUAACUGUUCAUUUUGGAGCUAUUCCAAGCGCACAAUGACAGGUUACUGGUCAACACAAGGCUGUCGGCUCCUAACAACAAAUAAGACACAUACUACAUGCUCUUGUAACCACUUAACCAAUUUUGCAGUACUGAUGGCACAUGUGGAAGUUAAGCACAGUGAUGCGGUCCAUGACCUUCUUCUGGAUGUGAUCACGUGGGUUGGAAUUUUGCUGUCCCUUGUUUGUCUCCUGAUUUGCAUCUUCACGUUUUGCUUUUUCCGUGGGCUCCAGAGUGACCGUAACACCAUCCACAAGAACCUCUGCAUCAGCCUUUUUGUAGCUGAACUGCUCUUCCUGAUUGGGAUCAACCGAACAGACCAACCAAUUGCCUGUGCAGUUUUUGCUGCCCUACUGCAUUUCUUCUUCUUGGCGGCCUUCACCUGGAUGUUCCUGGAGGGAGUGCAACUCUAUAUCAUGCUGGUGGAGGUUUUUGAGAGUGAGCAUUCACGGAGGAAAUACUUUUACCUGGUUGGCUAUGGGAUGCCUGCGCUCAUAGUGGCUGUGUCCGCGGCGGUAGACUACAGGAGUUAUGGAACAGAUAAAGUAUGUUGGCUCCGACUUGACACCUACUUCAUUUGGAGCUUUAUAGGACCAGCGACCUUGAUAAUUAUGCUUAAUGUAAUCUUCCUUGGGAUUGCUUUAUAUAAAAUGUUUCAUCAUACUGCCAUUCUGAAACCUGAAUCGGGCUGCCUUGAUAAUAUCAAUGCCUCCCUUGGUUCCAUUUAUUGGAAUCUUUACUAUGAGGAUAACAGACCCUUCAUCAAGUCAUGGGUUAUAGGUGCAAUAGCUCUUCUCUGCCUGUUAGGAUUGACCUGGGCCUUUGGACUCAUGUAUAUUAAUGAAAGCACAGUCAUCAUGGCGUAUCUCUUCACCAUUUUCAAUUCUCUACAGGGAAUGUUUAUAUUCAUUUUCCAUUGUGUCCUACAAAAGAAGGUACGAAAAGAGUAUGGGAAAUGCCUGCGGACGCAUUGCUGUAGUGGCAAAAGUACAGAGAGUUCCAUCGGCUCAGGGAAAACAUCUGGUUCUCGAACUCCUGGACGCUACUCCACGGGCUCACAGAGCCGAAUUCGUAGAAUGUGGAAUGACACGGUCCGAAAGCAGUCGGAGUCUUCCUUCAUUACUGGAGACAUAAACAGUUCAGCGUCACUCAACAGAGGAGCCAUGGCUAAUCAUCUUAUAAGCAAUGCUCUGCUUCGUCCGCAUGGUACUAACAAUCCCUAUAAUACAUUGCUUGGGGAACCGGCGGUCUGUAACAACCCUUCUGUCAGCAUGUACAACGCACAAGAGCCCUACAGAGAGACAAAGGGGCUUCUGAACAAUGCCAGGGAUACAAGUGUCAUGGAUACUCUACCACUGAAUGGUAACCAUGGCAAUAGUUACAGCAUUGCCAGUGGCGAAUACCUGAGCAACUGUGUGCAAAUCAUAGACCGUGGCUAUAACCACAAUGAGACCGCCCUAGAGAAAAAGAUUCUGAAGGAACUCACUUCCAACUAUAUCCCGUCUUACCUGAACAACCACGAGCGCUCCAGUGAACAGAACAGGAAUCUGAUGAACAAGCUGGUGAAUAACCUUGGCAGUGGGAGUGAAGAUGAUGCCAUUGUCCUGGAUGACGCCACCUCCUUCAACCACGAGGAGAGUUUGGGCCUGGAACUCAUUCAUGAGGAAUCUGAUGCUCCUUUGCUUCCCCCAAGAGUCUACUCCACAGAGAACCACCAGCCACACCAUUACACCAGAAGGCGGCUCCCCCAAGACCACAGUGAGAGUUUUUUCCCUUUGCUAACCAACGAGCACACAGAAGAUCUCCAGUCACCCCAUAGGGACUCUCUGUACACCAGCAUGCCAGCACUGGCUGGUGUGCCUGCCACAGAGAGCGUUACCACCAGCACCCAGACCGAACCCCCACCGGCCAAAUGUGGUGAUGCCGAAGAUGUUUACUACAAAAGCAUGCCAAACCUAGGCUCCAGAAACCACGUCCAUCAGCUGCACACCUACUAUCAGCUAGGUCGCGGUAGCAGUGAUGGAUUUAUAGUUCCUCCAAACAAAGAUGGGACCCCUCCAGAGGGAAGUUCAAAAGGACCAGCUCAUUUGGUCACUAGUCUAUAGAAGAUGACACAGAAAUUGAAACCGACAAAACUGCUAACACCUGGUUGACUGUUCUGAGUUGAUAUAAGCAGUGGUAAUAAUGUGUGUACUCCUAAAUCUUUAUGCUGUUCUUGAAAGACAAACACAAACUUUCAGACUUUUUUUUUUUUUAACUGGGAUUUUUAGGUCAGCCCAGGGGAGAAAGAUAACUGCUGAAAUUCCCCUGUGCCCUCUCCUUUCUUGUCUUUUCCCCCUCAGAUGGAGACUUCAUUAUGUUAAUGAACGAGAUAUGAAGAAAAUGGCGCUCAUUGUGGCCUUGUUGAAUUAUGUUGUGUUUGUUCUAACAUCUCUGAUGCUCUGUUACUAUAAUUACAAGGACCUGAUUUUUAAAAGGCCAGAACAGUUGUUUGACAUUAGUAACAAUGCUGCAUCUAGAUUGGAGUGCUGCACAAACAAACAUAAAAACAAAGCAAAACUGUAUCACAUAGUGGUUUUUAGUCACUCACAACCUGAAUUCACCACAGUGGGAAUAGCUGUGGAAUACAAAAUAAAACAACAAAUUAAUAAUGAAAUGGAGGGGAAUUCUAGAAUUAUAUGCUAAAUGCAUAUUUUAUGAUUUGCUGUAUUAACUGAUGAUAAAACUAAUGGCAGAAAAAAAAUUGAACAAUUUCUAUGUAAUGUACAGAUACUAGCAUUGCACAUAUAGUCAGCUUUCUGUUCCUCCAGAAUUUGAGUCCUGUUAAUGUAGUGGAAAAAAAGAGAUAUUUUUUCUUUUUCUUUUGUGCUGGUCUUGCAAGUUUGUCUGCCAGUAAAAGAGCAAAGUUUCCUUCCUUCCUUCCUUCUUUUCUUUCUUCCUUCAUUUUCUUUGCUUUUUCUUCUCUUUUUCCUUAGUUCUUUUUUUCUUUCCUUUUAUUUUUCCUUUAUUUUUUCUUUAAAAUUUCACCUGGCAAAAAAUAAAUAAAUAAAUAAAUAAAUGAAACUAUCACUUUAUAAGAAUCAUUUUCUAGUAAUGCAAACAAAUUAUUUUUUACAAAAAAAUAAAAUAAAUAAAAUUAGACUUCCUUCCCUCACUAUAUAUCUUUAUUCAGUCAGAAUAUUUCCAAGAGCAUUUUUGCAGAUUAGAGCAGGACGAACUUUUAUGUUUACAGUAUACAUCUGUUGUAAUGCAAAGUAUAUUUGGCAAGCAGUUGAUCACCAAGACAGUAGCUAUGAUUCUAGAAGUCAAGAGGCGUCAAUAGAACUAGUGGGGCUUCUGCAUGUGAAAAAAAAAAAAAACGGUAUCCCAUAGGCAUUAAAGUGCUGAAUGCUCAGUCUGAUCCCCAAGUGGGCACCCGCACUACCAAUUUUUAAAGGAAAUUCACUCCCUUGUAGUAAGAAAUGAAAGGUCAAGUUAUUUUGAAGUGAUUUUUUUAAACUCUUCUGUUCAUUAACAGGAAAAUUUAUUUAUUUGACAGGAUUUUAAGUAAUGUAGGAAUACAAGAGGUAAAUUAGCAGCACAUAUAAUUUUUUUUUUAAAUUUAUGAUCCAUUUUGUAUGGUCUCAAAGUUGGAUGACCUCAUUACUAAUAUUUGUUGUAAAAGUGAAACUUGUUUGCCAACCAAUAAACAACUGAUUGAGAUUUAGAAGACAUUGUUUUGAUGUAUGUACUAUAUGAUGAAUUAUUCUUUUCAUUUUUCUCGUCUUUCCUUCUGUUUUCAUUAUAUAUACUUUGCUAAUCGAUUACUCUAAGGCCCAAAUGAGCCAUGCAAUAGAAAUCAGAUCUGCCUAGAAGAAUAACCUAAGCACAAAAUUUUACCAUUUUUGCAAAGUAAACCAGAAAAAUGGGAUGGGCAUGUUUAUGUUGAAUGAAAUAAGAUGCAUAACUUACUUUUAAGCAGGUUAAUAUAAGCUACUAUGUGCUUAUUUUAUAAGCAGCAGCCAUCAUGCUUACUAUAAAAACCAGCUUCAAUCAGAGAUUUAUGUAUUGAAUUGAAGAGGGGGUGAGUCACUUAUUUUCCUUUCCUGUAAGUUCUAUUUUGAUGUCAGAAAUUUAAAGUCAUUCAGUUGGCUCAAAGCUGCCAGUUUAAUGGCAAAGAGAAUAUCCAUUUUAUAAAGAUAGUAGAAGACAUUUUUAUGCUAAUUUUUCUUGCCCCAUAUGUGAAACAAAGUCCUUUCAAAGAAACUUUCUAGAUCUCCAAUUACUGAAGAACCUUUACCAGCAGUGUCUAAACAUAGAGUCCCUUCUAGAGCAAAGCUAGAAUGAAUUUGCCAAAUUGUAAUUUAUCUUGUAGUGUAUGAUAUUUUGGUGACUUCUUUCCCCCCCCCAAAUCUGAACACCACCCACCUAUUAAUUAAUUUCUUAACUUAAGAUGAGAUGGAAUAGUUUAUGGAAUAACCAGUAAUCUCUAUAUAGUUUAAGAAUAUAUGACAAAAGAAAGAAUUCUGUGCUGGGCCAGAGUACAUCAUAAUCUUAAUAUUCACCUCAGAAUGUUUUAUGCAUCAUUCCUUUUUAGUCACUUAACACGAGUAAUUUUUAAGCCUCUAGAAUUGUUCUUGAGUUGCAGGAGAACCUCAAGCUUUAAUGGUAAUUAGGUUUUCACAUCCCACACUAUGGCAAUAUUAGCACCUGAAAGGUGGUUUGCCUAUCUGUUGCAUAGAAUAAAUGAAAAAGCCCCUUUUAGACAACUUGUCUAAAGUUGGCCUGUGGAUUAUGAGCGCUUAUGCUUGUUUCGCCAAUUCAGCAGAGAUCUAUAUGAAAGCAGCUCGUCAGUAAGAAGCUAGUUUCACAGAACAAUGGGGAAACUACCUCAAGUCAGCUUGCUGAGGCUGCCAAUUCUGAUUUUCUGAUAUUGCUACCUCCCUGCCCGCUAUCUUUUAUGUGUCAUUACAUGGAAUUUGAAACAGGUAGCCUCCCCAGCUUUACACAGACCAACUGAAGAAAAUCACUUGAAUACAUAACUGGUGCAGAAGGCCAUUUAGGACUGUCAGUUACUACCAAGCCCUUGCAUAAAGAUGAAAGGGUGAGAUGUUUGAAUUCGAAUACAUCACAAUUGAUGUGCUAUCAGAGAGACAAGAUCCCAAAGACUUUUACAGAAAGAGAUUGUUCCCUCAAAUUUUAUGUGACUAUACUGAAACAAAACAGUAGAUAUAGGAGCUAAUUAUGUGUACAUUUCAAUAGAAAUUUGUGUAUAUCUAACAUGUAUUCAUUUAGUCCUUUUUAUACUAGCAAGGCUUGAGUUCCUAAACUUGACUUUUUUUCACAUGUAUUUUCAUGCAUAGCUAUUGACAAAUUAAUAAUUUUUAAAAAGUUUAUUGUUUUUUUGCCACCUUUGGUUGACUAUAUUUCAAUACCCUGUGCCAUUCAUGACUUACUUAUCUGCCUACUUCUGAUAUACUUAUCUGAAAUUCUAUAAAAAACUAAAUUUUCAUCAAGCAGACGGACUGUACCUACAUAGCACAUCAUUUGGAUAGCUGGAAGUAAAAGUUAUGCCAAUAAAACAAACCAAUUAUUAUUUCCUAGUAAAAUAAUAUUUUUGUAAUAUUUUACUCUCGAGCUUUUUUUUUUUUUUUUUUUUCUUUUGAGGUCUAUCUCCCAAGGUACUUUGCAGGACACUAGCUAACAGAUCUCGUGUCUAGUUGACUCACAGACUGUUGGAUUGUUGCAAAGCCCAUGUUCCUAAUUGAUAAUAUUUAUGGAGAAAACUACAUUUUGUGAAGGAAAAAUAGAUUUGAAUUUCAAUUUAAGUUUUUGAACAUCCCUCCAUUUCCACUCUAUUAAAAGUAAAAAAUACUAUAGUUGAAUAAUAAAUUGCCAUGCUUAAAUAAUCAUGACAAAACAGAACUUGCAUGAGAACAAUUAUGUCAAAGUGAAAAUAAUCAGGAAACUGUAUUAAUAAAAUGUAGAUAAUGGAAAUAUCCUUAACUUCCUAUCAGGCAAAUUCACAAAGACUCAAAACUAAAGUGUAGUUUAUGAUAUAUACUUUGAAAAUCCCCAUUAACCUAAAAAUGUCAACAUAUUGAUAAAAGAUCUUUAAGAUUUAGUGUUUUUAAAAAAUUAGUUGGUGUGACGAAACUUUUCAUGGUAAUAGAGAUAAACAUAUAAGAGAAUUAGUAAUAGUCAUAUAGAACCCAUGGACUUAAUUUUAGCCAGUAUCUUCAGCUUUUUCCCCCACACAUGUUCCAAUCCAUUGACAAAGGUUUACUUAGUUUAAAAAAUGACAUUAAAAACUUUUAAAGACUGACUUUCUGCAGUAUAGAGAACAAAAGGGAGAGGGAAACCAGUUUCUGGGUUGUCUAAAGAUCAACUCCAGACUAAUCAAUAAUCAGCUCCUAUUAGUGAAAGAAGCAUUUGUUUUCAGAAGUUGUGCGUUAGUAUUAUACCAAAGUGCUACUGCUUGAGGUGUUUUAGAAAAAACAAAAACACUACAGAACUACUAUAUUACUGCAAAUUUAGAGAGAGAAAGAAAGAAACCCAGACUCUAAUUUGAUUUUGAGCAAUUCUAAAAAUAUUGACAAGAAUGUCCUUUCUUCUGUUACAAAACUAUUUGAGAUAAAAUAACAAUAUGUACGAUCUUCUAGUAUAUGUAGUACCAAGGUAUUAAGAUUUGAUGAGUUCAUGUUUAGUGGUUCAUAAUUAUAACUCACAACAUAAAAAAUUACCAUGCAUUUCUAAAAAUACUUUACAUACAUCCUCUGUUAGAUUUCUGCACAGUAAUAAAUUAGUUAGGAACAUGGGAGCACAAGAGUGAAACAGCAACAUUAGAAAAUAGCUUAUGGAAGCAUUUUUGUGCAAAUGAAUUCUACGUGGAAAGCUUCUUUGAGCUCAUAAGAUAGAUUUGAUGGAUCCCAACCAGAAAUUCAAUUUUGUAAUCAGCAAAUACAUACUUCUGAAGCCAUCUGAAAAAAUAUUGAUAAAUAUCUAAAUUUUCAUUUCUAAAUUAAAAUGUUGGUAGCUGCUUCUUUCCUGCUUAGGCCAUAAGAGGAAUCUUUCCUAUUUUCUAAUUAACCUGAUUAGUUUCUACUUCACUUUUGCUUUAAAAGGGAAAUCAAUCUUUAACUUUCACCUAUACACUUACAUACUUUGAUUCCUUUUAUUUACAGCUUGCAGAAGAAAUAGCUUGUUUACAAUAUUGCAAACUUUGUGAUUUUUGCAAUAUAACAGGUAGUUACUAUAGUUUUGCAUAUUUUCAUUUUCAAUAAACUUAUUGCCCUACCCUCUUUAAAAAAAUUAAAAGCACGUCUCCAACAUCCAGGACCUGUAGGUUAUUAUUCAAAUGUCUUCAUUUCAGCUAUGUUUUGAUGUUUAUUUCUCUCUCUUAAUAGUAUGUCACACAAACUUUUCUCAUUUCACUUGUGUCCCAUCAGAGUAUUUCAAAGGUAAAGGCAAACUAUGAUUUUUAAGAAGGCACGUGAAAGGAGAACUUUGAUUUAUAAUGGAGAAGUCGAGGAAGACUACACAAGGAAAAACCUCUGUUGGGAUAAGCAAGUCUUUUCCAUCACAAUAUGAACAGAAGAAGGGCAGAUCCAAGUUGGCAUACUUAUGGUGAGGCAGCAGGACCUAAAUUCAAGUUCAAAAGAAAAAAAAAUCCAGGAAAAAAUGAAAUUGUUUAGAGUGGUAAAAACUUUAAACAGUAUAACAAGUGCUACUGGUGUGUUAAAACAAAAAUUGAAGUAUACCAUAUGAUAAUUUUAUCCUGCUGUUUACACAGGAAACUCUAAACACUUUCAGCACUCCUUAGAUAUUUCUUGUCUAGCCACACCUUAUCUCAAGGAUACAUGGAUUUUUAUAAAUGUUUCUUAGAUAUAAGUAUUUUUGCCUCAAUUCACUUUCACUCUCUAAUCUGCUUAUUCUAUUGUAUGCCAACACAGUUAAUGCUACCAGUAGCUAUGCACCUUUUAGAGCUUUAUUAUGAAUCUUUCUAAUAAACAUUAAAUUAAUAUUAAAUUGGAAUUACGUACAUUGUGCAAAAUAAUCCGUAACCAAGCAAUAUGCAUAUUAUAGGCUAAUUUAUUAUAUAUAUGAAUAUUACAUUGAGACUGAACAAAUAAUUACACAGCUGAAAAUUUUACUCUCAAGUCCUUUCUCUCUUCAAUUAUUGUAGUCAAUUCGUAAAAUUCUGCAGACAGUUGUAUGACAUGUAUCAAAGUACUCCAUAAUCCAAAUGUGUCUAAAAGUAUUCCCAAUGCUUCUUUCAUUCUAGAAUGCUAAAGAAAAGAGCUUGAAAGAAGAGGAAAGGAAAGCCGACUCCUAAGGAUCUAAUUUAGAUUAACAUUGCCAUUCAGAAUGAGUGAUUUUAAAAUGAGAAUGUUCCACUCUGUGAUCUGAGGUUAUUAAAAUUUUACAGUUAGUCCAAUAUUGGAGGAUUUUAAAUUUAAAAAGAGUUAAGUUUGUCUCAAUGGCCCAAGACUGCAGAAUUUCACACUACAUUGGCAAGGAAAUGUGUUUGAAAUCCAUACCUGAAGUAGCUUUUUAAAGGUUAAAAAUUCCCUGAUUCUUCUGAAGGUAAAACUGGUAAAUGAUCCUGGCUUCAAAAUGAAAUGGACUGGUUGACUUCAAAAGGUGUUUGGCAAAAAUCAAGAAUGUCAUCAACCCUUUAACAGUAGGUAGAGGUCUUUGGGGAUACAGAAUACAGUGACUAGAACACAAUGUCCUCUUCUGCUGACCACUGCCUCAUGUUGGAGAGCAUUUUUAAUGCCUUGAAUUUCAAGUUGUCACAAUGUCUUAUGUUUUAAAUACCAUCAUGAAUCAAGAAAGAUGAGGAAAAAAACAUUUAAAGUUGGUUUUCAUGCCUCAUUUCAGAAUAAAGAUUUCCUUUACCAUUCUAAGUAAUAAAAAUGAUGUGUCUUGAAACAGCUGUAGACAAUCAGAAUGUGUUCAUUUAUAAACAAGUCUUUGUAUAUUCUAACACUAUUCUUUGCCUAUGACCUCCAAAUUCAGUAAGUGUAGAGUCAGCUGGAUUUCCUUUCAUUUGGCUUCUGUAAAUGCAUUGGAAGUAGAAGGAUAAUCUGGGACAUUUUUCCACACUGUUUUCCCACUUGCCAAUCAUUAAAUCUAAUUCAAAAUAUAUCUUUUUUUAAAAUGAUAGUUUAUUUUUAAAAAUAACAACUAAUUAAGUUAUUUCUCAUUGAUAGGAACAAUUUCUCUUUUUAGGAACAAGAAUAUAGCUAUCGCAGGCUCUGGUCUCUUACCAUUCUCAUAUAUUUACAUGUGGAAUUAAUCUUAUCAUAUACACCUACCAGGUUUCUAUCUAUUGGAUUUUUUUUCCCUUGUACAACCUUUCCAACCUCUUUUUUUUUUCUUAAAUGCUCUGUACAAUCACAUGUAAAAUCAUGAGCUACAAACCUCAAUAAAAAAUGUCAGUAAACAAUAA